UACAUAUGUGCAGUAUGAGUGUGUGUGGUGAGAGAGAAUUUAAUUGAAUUUGACUUUAUUGACUUUCGAGGUCAACGGCCCAUACGUUAUAAACAGUUAUAAGUUAAUAAUGCAAAAUACUGAUCUCUCUGUGUUGCGCUAAAGAAAAAAAUUACAAAAUAACCUGCAACACAGAAAACAUAUAUAUAUAUAUAUAACAUUUACAUCUUGAAUCUAGUUCUACACCUAAUGGAAUGGGCCCUCACACAACAAAGUACAGAGUACAAAGCAUUGGUCAUAGUCAUUCACGCGUGAUGCAGAUUGUAAACAAAUCUUACAGGCUGGGCUCUGAUCUCUCUAGUUUAGCUCUAAUCUCGACUCUAGAUUUUUUAAAAAUCAAUUUCACAUUGUCUUUCCAUUUUUCGUCCUUUGGGAAUCUGGAGUAAGUCAAUAAUUUGGUCUUUCCUCUGGAAUUAGAACGGCCGAUCGCUGAACAAAACUGGCCAGUAAUGCCGACAGCAUAAACGUUGCGUGUCCCUCGCCGUGUUCGUUUACACACUGUCGCACGCUCGCCGCUAGUGGCGCUAGGAGUCGAUGUGCCUCACAAAAUUGGGCCACUGCAACAUCUGACCGCAGGCUGUAAUAUCUUUGAUUAGACUACAUUAUGUGUGUUUCUGAUCGCUGGAAUUGGCGUCCGGAUGUUUAAUGUGUCGACAUGAAUCGGUUCUGCUCAGAAAACAUGAUUAUACUGUUCUCAUUGCUGUAGGAGAAGUUACGGUGUUGUGUUCUUGAUAGUAUUAUGGUGAAACAAGUGCGGUCUCCAUGGAGGUGGUUAAUUCACGGACGAGGUCGUCUGUUCACUUCCCGCCCGUCCCCAGGACCUGUAGCUAUCUCGGCCGCGGCCUGUGCCCUCUGUGUCUACCUCCUCGUGACGUCAUGGUCAACACCGGUCAGGCCAGUGAUGACCGCCGACUGGACAGAGCUGCCGGACCCCCCAGACCUGACCUUCCGUGACAAGUACUUCCUGUGGGAUCGCCUCCACCCUCCGGCCAUGGGAGAUGACCAGUGGGCGAGAAGUGACAGCUACCUCAUCUACCGCUGCGACCCGGGCCGGAUGGACAGGUGUGGGGGGCUCGCAGACCGCCUCAAAGGGAUGCUGCUCGCUUACGUCAUGGCCAACCUCACACGGCGCGCGUUCCGGGUGGAGGUGAUGAAACCGUCGUGUGGCUUCCAGUUCUACCUCACGCCCAACGUCUACGACUGGAGCGUGGAAGACGAGGCCACCCUCCCACCACCCGAUUCAGGGAACAUCGUCCGACUCGUGAACGACCAUUAUUUCAGGGAUAACAUCGCUAGGAUACACUUCGAGGAGUAUAUAUCGCCCUCGGUGAGGGAGAUUUAUUUUCAAGCUAACUUGGAGUAUAUGGGCGAGCUGAGGAGGACGAGGGUAUACCACGAGGAGUUGUCGUGGAUGGAGGGUUUGUCCCCGGCUGACAUCUACGCCGCGCUCUACAAGCGCCUGUUCCGCCUCGCCCCACGCUUGCAGACGCAGCUCCGACAACUUCUAUCCAAGCACCUCAACUCCACGCGCUCACGACUUGUCUGCACGCACGUGCGUCUGGGCAGAAACCCCUCGAUACAGGGAGACACAGAGAUCAGGAACUCACUACGCAACGUGAAGACGUAUCUCUGGCCGUUUUUACAAAGUCAGUUACUGUCGGAAACUGACUCGCUUUUCAUCAUGACGGACUCGGCGCAAGUUGACGAGUCGGCGAGACAGCAGCCGUUCGCUCACAGACUGGUGGCCAUCCCAGGCACGAUCGCUCACAUCGACAUGGCCAGGGGUCUGUCGUUUGAGGAGAUGUGCCAGGCGCAGGACCGACUGAUGCUGGAGUUUCACCUGCUCAUGACUUGUGACCUGGUGGUCAAGAGUGCCAGCGGCAUCAGUGAGUUCGCCUCCUUCAUCCGAGGCUCGGACCGAGGACUCUACUGUUUCCAUAAAAACGGCACCAUCUUUCCGUGCCAACGCAAUAGGUUCAGCAACUUUUCUUGAGCAAUGUUAGUGUUUGUAUAGGUUUACGUGUAGGCCCUACCCUCUCAGUUUCUGUCUCUCUGUC